AUGGCUACCUACCAACCCGCCAUUCUAUCUGCCUCGUUGGGCCGUGCAUGGCAUCAUGACCUGCACCACAAACUGAACCAAGCUGCUGCAGAUGGCUUCAAGGGAGUGGAAAUAUUCUACGAGGACCUCGAAUAUGACGCGAAGCGAUUGUUCAAGACUGAGACCCCUAGCCCAGAGCAGCUGAUCGAAACUGCAGCCGGGAUCCACCAGACCUGUCAUUCAGCCGGGCUUGAGGUCAUCUCCCUCCAGCCGUUUCUGUUCUUCGACGGCCUCCUUGAUCGAGCUGAGCAUGACCGACUGAUCGAGAAGAUUCAUGUGUGGUUUAAGAUCGCCAGGGAGCUCAGGACAACCAUGAUCCAGGUCCCAGCCAACUUCUCGCCUGCUGAAAAGCUCACCGGCGACUUCAACGUGAUCGCGGACGACCUCAGGCAACUGGCAGACCUGGGCCUCAAAGAAGAGCCCCCGGUGAGGUUCGCGUACGAGAAUCUCUGCUGGAGCACGCACGUCGACACGUGGGAAAAGGCCUGGCAAAUCGUCAAAAUGGUCGACCGCCCCAACUUCGGGCUCUGCCUCGACACCUUCAACAUCGCCGGCAGGGUCUGGGCCGACCCGGCGUCGCCGGACGGAAAGACGCCGAACGCGGACGCUGACCUGCGGGCGUCGCUUGAGGCUAUGGUGCGGGAGGUGGACUUGGCGAAGGUAUUCUUCAUCCAGGUGGUGGACGCGGAGAGGCUGGACUCACCGCUCGUCGAGGGCCACCCUUGGCACGUGGACGUGCAGCCGGCGCGCAUGAGCUGGUCGCGGAACGCCCGCGCCUUCAUUUACGAGGAGGAGGAGCGUGGGGCGUACCUUCCUGUCGAGGCCGUUGCCAGGGCGCUCAUUGACGACAUGGGGUACAAGGGAUUCGUGUCCUUGGAGCUCUUCUCGCGCACCAUGGGUGAGGAGAGGAUCGAGGUCCCUAAGCAGCACUCGCAGAGGGGAAUCCGAUCGUGGCAAAAGCUGAAGGAACGCUUGCAACUGGAAUCUAGGUAG